GGGCAUUCUUUAAACCGCUGUUCUGCUAUUGACGAGCAUGAACGUUCCAGUGAUAAAAUGUUAUUAAUUACUGCAAAUGCGAUACUACUCGCCUUCAUCAACCUGUUACAGAAUACAGGAGCACAAGACCCCUGUCUUCCGACAACCUACCACCUUCUUGAUGACUCAUGGCGCUCGUCUGAAUAUGAUGAAUCUGAUGUCGGGUGUGAUAUAACCUUGACGGAGAGAUGGUACCGCCCCGUUUCCGGUGCUGGUGUUUCCAUGCCGACGGACGCACCGGCCCUGAACAAAUGUGGUACUAGGUUUCCGAUAUGGAUGGAUGACGUUUUACCAGACACCUCAGACAUAACAAGUGUAAAUGUAUGUAUGCGAAGCCUGUAUUCAGCCUGCAAACAUACAUGGAGCAUACGGGUGAAGAAGUGUAGUUCAUUUUAUGUCUAUGAACUAACACAAACAAGUCUUUGUGCAGCUGCGUAUUGUUUCGGGUCUGAAUUACCGUGUCCUGUCGGGCAAACAUCUGACACUGGCUUCACUCCUGGAUGUGGAGUGGGUACAAAUGUGACGCUGAAUGCGGUAGUGACCCCGGGACUAAAAACGGCUUCUAGAGAAGUGUUUGGAAAACCUGUGAUAGUUAAGGAGAUACAAUUCCAGUGUAACAUUGAGAAUAACAGUGACGUAGAUCUUACUGCCUACGUCUAUGAUGUACAGUGGUAUAUUAACGACAACAGCAUUGUGACACACGGGAACAUACCGUACGCCAACAUAACAGAAUCGGCGUUAAGGCAGUCGCAAUGGAUUAAUACAUUCACGCUCGGAUUUCUGGUGAAGUGCGCAGUACGUGUCCGGGUUGUGUCUGAUGGUCCGCCGGCCCCGUACAGCUACAGCAGUGAUUUUUAUGCAGGCUUUACUACUGACGCUUCCCAGUAUACCGUUUUGGAAAGUGGCAGUAUUAACGUGACGGUCAGACUGACAAUUCCAAUCGACUGUAUGUAUCUAGCAGCAUCUACUCCUGCUGAAAUUGCAAAGGCCGUGAAAGAUGAUUGUACUCUUUCGAUUCGUGUAAGAGCGCCAACUUAUUAUGAAGAUGGUCACCUCAGGUGUACAGUAAGUGGAGUAACAGACGAGUCUGUGACCUUUACGAAUGCAGGCUGCGGGAUAGUGUUUCCCUUUAAUGACUGGAAUAUACCCAGAACCUUACAAGUAUUUGGAUCAGCUGAUAAUACCGUCAGCAAAAUGGACAGCAGAACAAUAAAUAUCCGUUUUAGUGCAGACCUCGGCGUCAGCAACACAGCAUGGAGCUUUGCAACUAAGCCAGACAUCCAGGUUGUCGUUGAAGACCGGGAUAUUCUCAUAGCAUCGAAAUCAUGCGAGGUCUGGACUGAUCCUCAUUUAUGGACCCUGGAUAGAUGGUACAUAUCAUUUCAAAAGUUGGGGGAGUUUAUUCUGUUCAAGCAUGAAACGCUACCUAUACGGAUACACGCCGUCUUUGACUUGUGUUCAGGUACACGAGGGACAUGCACAUGUGGCAUUGCAGUCAGGAACCAGGAUGCUGUUUUCAUUAUCAACUUGUGCCGAAAUAGGGUUGGUUCACCCUUGAUAAGUGGUUCAUCAAAUACCAACAGAUACAUAGAGAUGAGAGCCUGUGACGACACGCACAUGACAGUCACCUCCAGUGGUUCUAAAUACUCGGUAACACUUCCAUCCGGAACUUUGAUUACUAUUGAAGCAAUAUUUGGCAGUAACCCAUUUAUUCGUACCUUCAUCCUCACACCUUCUCUCGUGGACUGGAAAUCAUCAUCCGGAUUAUGCGGAAUUUUGGAUGGAAUAUGGAAGAAUGAUAUGAGAAAAAGAGAUGGCACGCCCACAUUUGAUUACGAGGGAUUUGCACAGGAUUGGAGGCUUAAUACUGCUUUGGAUGGAAACUCACUCUUUGCUGUAUCGGAGCCACUUACAGUCAUUCCGUUACCGCCAUUACAGUACUGUAAAUGUCCAGUUGAAUCCAACAAUCCGCCGACUUUCAGUUCCCAAAUUCUGUGUAACAUAACUUCAACCAUAACGGCAUGUACUAAACGAACUAGCUCAGUAGGAUAUGUUCAGGUAUGCGACAAAGCUCUUGGCCAUGCUAAUCGAUACCGAAGAUCUACAGAUGAAGAAGACUAUGAUAUUGCUAAAUUUGACGUUAUCCUUGAUGAAAAUUAUUCAAACGUGGUCGAGAAUCACACAUGGCAAAAUGGCUGGACGGAAGCUCUAGCGAACCAGUCCUGCCGGGAAGCAAUGAAUGAUGAUCCGAUGUUGAAUAAAUGUAAAGAAGUUUUGCCAGUGAUGAAUGAUGCUAUCGACGAAGGAAUGCACAAUUGCAUUAAUGAUAUCAAAAUUUCCGGCGGUACUGGGUUUUUGAAAGACACGGUAGAGUCAGUAAAAAGUAGCUGUCUUAUUAAAGCCAGUCGUUUCGAAAACCUUACAACAGAAGGAUCUGAAAAUGACGACGGUGCGACUUUUCUGGACGAGUUAUUGGAGUUAAGUUGUCCAAACAAUUGUUCUGAAAACGGAAAUUGUACCAAUGGAAAUUGUGUAUGCUACACUGGUUUCUAUGGAGAAGAGUGUGCUCUGGAGCGUGACACAAUUCCUGAAAUAUUGCACGGAGGAAUGACUUGUUCUACUGACAAAAAGUCAUGCACAAAUUUUGUAAUUUCUGGAAGUAACUUUCUGGAUAUCAAUUUGACUUGCCAAGCUAGAUUGAUCAAGGUGUAUAUGAACCGAUGGGAAUUACUUGGUGCACCCAUUCUAUUUCCUGCAAGAUAUCUGAAUGGUAUCAACUGUGUGUGUAUCAUCCCGGACUCUGUCCGGAGACGGCGGGCAGCUGAUGAAAUUUUUGGAGAAGGAUACUUAAUAAGUAUUUCGAAUGACGGAAUCAACUUUAGCAAGGAGACGACCGUUGUUACCUACGACUCAACUUGUUACGAAUGUGACGCAACUAACAGAUCUUGUACUAAACUGGAAUCAUGUGAUUCAACAGCAACUUUGACGACAAUUCCUUCAGAUUCCGAAAGAGGAACUGGAACUAUUCAACCCUCUUCAAAAAAAGAAGAUGGCUUACCUUUGGGAGCAGUUAUAGGAGGUACAGCUGUUGUGCUCGUCUUAAUUUUAGCAAUUACAGCAUCACUGUUGUGCUGGGAUAUUUCGAAGAGCAAGAAGAGCAAGAUAUGCAUGUCCAACGCAGAUAUGACUGAAUGUCCGGGCAGGGAGCGAUACAAAGCGGAGUCAGAUGAUCUGCCAAGCCGACCAACCUCUACCAGAGGAAUCAAAUUAGCUUGGUGACGACAAAGUUCAUUGCAAUUGAAAUUGACUACGGGAAUAAUAACAUUUUCUAGCCUCACGCUACUAAAUAUUUCACUGUGUUUUAUUGCUCAGCUUUUGAGUUAAUAGCUUUAAUAUUGAAGUUCAAAACUAGUGACACUUGUCUUCAUUCAUAAAUGCAUACAUGCCAAAGGCUGAAAAUGCAUUUUAUGCAGAUUUAUUGGCAUAUGCAAGUUUAACAGCCGUCAGUUAUUGACCACUGGAAGUUUACUAGCCAAACUGUGGAAUUGGAACGGAAACACAAUCUGAUGAUUUACCCAUUUGUAUUUCUUUUCCAAUUGAAUACAUAUAGAUUUCAUUCAGUAAAAACAUUAACAGCUAAAUAUUUAAUUUACUGGUUGGCAACAGGACAUUUUUUAGGUACAUGUAGGGAUUGCCUAGAUUUGCCUAUUUAGUUAUGUGAGUCCUCGAUACGAUACAGAUACUUUAUUAUUGGGGGGAAAUACAUGCAGGGAUAUUAUACCCAAGUAAUCUAGGGCGACUUGAUAUUGUUUUCACUGUUUCUUUCUAACUAUGUUUGAGCUCAUCUGUAUUUUGAUAAAUACUACAAUUGGAAAUACGUAUUAAGAACAAACUUAAGGACCAGUGAAGUGCCGAUUUCUAUAAUUACUUUGUAUCUACUCCAAAGUGACUUUUUUUUGUUUAGAAGCAAAUUAAGUGUCGGUAUACAAUAAUUCUUAUUGUGUAUUUCUAUUUAGCUUUUUAUAUAAAUCUUAUGUAUCUUUCAAUCAAACCAUCAAAUUUAAGGACAUGUUUAAGACACAUUGCAUGAUUCAUAGAACUUUGUUCAUAAUUAUCUGUAUAUGACGCUUUAUAAUUCUUGUUUCAUUAUUCAUGAUUUCUGCAUCAUUUGCUUUUUGAUAUUGUUACAGGAAUUACUAUAUAUAUCACACAGACUAUUCCCCCCCUUGUUAUCAUAUUUAUCGUUGUCGUGUAUAUGUUAUGAAAUAUAUUUUUAUAAGUUUGAUAACCGCAUUGAGACUAAUCGAGCCAAUUGCUCGUCUUACAGAGUCGACAUGACUAUAUAUUGUUUUUAACUUGGUAAGAAAACAAUUUAUGGUUUGUUGUUUAACAAAGUCAAAAGCUUGAAUUUUUGUUCAUGAUUAAAUCAAUCAUUCACAUUUUUUUUUUUUUUGAUCUUUUUUUUUUAAGAAAUAAAAUUCCUUUUGAUUUUUAGGAUGGUUCUGCCAGAUUGAAGACAUACAGAAGCUAUUUUUUUAUAUAUAUAUUGGAAAUGUAAUCCAUCUACGAAAUUAAAUAAAAAUCCAUUUGCAGUACAUGAACAUGUAACGAUACAAAAAGUACAUUUCUGCAUAAAUAGGAAACAACUUCAAAAAGCAAGUUUUUAAUUUUACAUGUAUGUACAUGUAUAACAAUAAAAAUAUAAAAAAAACUUUUAUCUCCCUUACAUAACGUAAUACUCAUAGCAUAAGUAUUAAUAGUAUUUUCCAGAGAUACUUACACAAUUUGGGAAAUAAAAAUAACAACAAUACUACAUUGUGCUCUGGGUUAACUGGACUGUGUCUUGUCCAAUGAAGUGGGAGGUCGAAUGCUUUAUUGAAUGGAACUUAUAGACAAAAUAUUAAGGAAAUAUCUCAAAUAGAACAUUUAAGAAUCAGAGCACACUAAUUAUAUUAGUAUGAAUCAUGUAACAUCUUAAGACACCCAUACACCUUAUUUUUAUGAAACAUUGUCAUGCGCUAUCAGAUGUUAGAUAUGUUAUUAUUAUUAUUGAUUCCUAACAGGAUAAAAAAAAUCCCGAAUUUCUUGCCCAUUAUAAUAUGUUCAUACAUUAUCCUUUCCGUAAAAAUAACCCCAUUAUCAACGACAUUGACACUGAAAAACGAGCUUGUGCAAAUUAAACUACGAAAGUAAAUGAAGACAUAAAGACCCUAUUUAAAGAUAUAAUCAAAACCUACUGUGACUGCAGGAAUCAAACCCAUGUUUAUAAGCAAAUCGUAGUUCAAAAACUCUAGCCCAAAAAUCAAGUUUAUUGACCUCAUCAGUUUUAUUUCAAUAUGUUAAAACAGGUAAAAUUAAUCCCACGUUAGUCUCCAUGUAACUUCAUCCUACGUAACGUGGUCGACAAUAAAUAAAUUUGAACACUUCAAGAUAAAACUGUGAUACACGUAUUUUAAUCACAUUUUACUGUUUCAUCUUGUUAAACUUUGUGCAUUUCAAUUUAAAUCCAUCGACUUAAAUAACGUAUAAACAUUGGGUUCAUAAAACGCGAGCUGAUUUGUAUUGAAUACAUUUUAUAGUCAGAAACACAGAACUCCCGCAGACCUUAUAUAAGCCAUUGUCGAGACACCAGGAAGAAGGGUCAGAAACAAUCUGAAGUAGGGAAUACCUAUAUUUACCAGCCAAUCCACAGGUAACUGGGUCUUUGCCAAGGUCUUAUCAACUGCGUUCCACGAAUCAGUACUAAGAUAAUUACUGAGUAUGGGUAGUUUAAAUGAAAGAAGUUAUGUGUAUACCACCUGCAAUGUAUUAAGCUAUUUAAACUUAUUAUUCUAAAUACUGUUUAAUUGGUUUUAGAUAUGACUGUAUUAAAACCUGCUGU